CACAGGCCAAAACAAGAUGGCAGGCUGUGGGAGCUGGGUCUUCUUUUUAACAGUUUGUGCUGUCAGUUUGCUUGGAGCCAAUGCAGAGAUCAAAUUUACCAUUCCUGUGGGGAAGUUAUUUACAUAUGAGCUGCUGAGAGAGACUUUCCAGAAUGACUUUGAACCUUUGUCAAAACUCUACGCUGAACGCUGGUAUGAUGACCCCAUGAUUUUUAAGUGCAACCUGCAGAAUUUCCCAGACCUUCCAGAGUGGCUCCGCUUCACCCAGAGGCACCCUCUCGAUAAUGGCUUCCUGUAUGGAACGCCAACAUCUCCAGGAAAAAGUGUGAUUGAGAUCUAUGCCUUCAACAAUCGGAGCUAUGACACAACCAGACAAAUACUCGUAAUCAAAGUCAUUGCAGAGAAGAUGCUGCCCUAUCAAGCAGAGUUCUUCAUCAAGCUGAGGGAGAUUGAGAAGGUGCUGCCCUCUCCUGUUCAGGAUGAGAUACAGCAGGAUUUACAGAAACUGUGGAACACAGAGGCCUUGGAGAUUGUCAAUAUAUCCAAUGCCCUCGACCGUGGCGGCAGAGUUCCCCUCCCUCUUGCAGGACACUUUGAAGGUGUGUAUGUGAAGGUGGGGUCGGAGAAGUACUUCUCAAAUUGUCUCCUGAAGGUGCUGACUUCAGAGCAUCAAAAGCAGUGCUCAUCAGGGGCCAGAGUUAAGGUCCCCGGAGGCUGUAACUUCUGCAGCAUUCCCAGCAACUGCAUCACCUGGUGCAAGACAGAGCUGUUUGAUCUGACAAAGCAGGAGCCAGCUCCACCUGCUCCCACGAUGGGUUCGGGGAUCGUGGAGGCCGGAGGGGACUUCGACCCUCCCGAGUCACCCCCAAGCAGAGACUUUUUCCCUGAUUACAUUGUGACAGUGAUCGUGCCCCUGAUCCUCGCCAUCAUCCUGUGUAUCCUGCUGGCCUACAUCAUGUUUGGCAGACGAGAGGGAGUCGAGAAGAGGAAUGCAAGAACAAACCAAAUUCAGCUGUACCACCACCACACCAUCCACGGGAACGCCGACGAGCUGAGGAGCAUGGCUGGAACCCGCGGCGUCCCUCCGCCCCUGUCCACACUGCCCAUGUUCAACAGCCGAACCGGGGAGGGGGCUCCACAGCUGCAGUCUGACAGCCCCAACAUCCCCCUCAUAAUGGCGCAGCAUGAUCCUUACAGUGACACACUACCCAGGAAGUGAGAAGAACAAUGGAUAAAGUGUCUUCAGUACACUGGCUGUCAUUCAUGCAGUCAUUUUCUGCCACAAUCUAUGGUUCUAUAUUUGCAGUGGGAAAUGUUGUUGUUGUUUUUCUUCUUCUAGGUGCCAUUACAAUUAAAUAAUAGUGUGAAGUUUGUCCGAUUAUUAUUCGCUGUUUAUGAUUUUGUGUAUUCCACCAUCUUUCACUACUAAUAAAAAAAUUAUUCCAUC